GGGGGGGGUUCAGGGCCCAGGGAAUACGAAAAUAAAAUGAUCUCCGUGCUAUUUUAGCUCCUAUUCCCACAACUCUCUCGCUGCCUGUCCAGUCUGGCGUGGAAUGAGGGAAUCCGCCAUCCCGCGUAAACUACCCCAACUCCAAGGGCUAAAGAAGUGAGAAAGAAUGAUCGUCCCUACUUUUCACCCGUCAUCACCACGCUAUGCUCGUAUUUACCAUUGAGGAAUACCCCCCGUCUAGCCCCAUAAGGCAACGAGAGCUCAUUUCCCAAACCCAAAGAAGGCCUCCCAAAAAGAAGUUGGGGAAGACCUCUCUUCUGUACGGAUACUAGGGCCUUUUCAGCUAGGACGCGACGGGAGUUCCUUACUUGGACCAUGGUUCGGAUAGUUCGUCCGGACGGAAACCUCUAAGCCGGCGGAGGACGAUGGAGAGACGUGAAGGGCCCGGCGGAUCAUGUAGGUAUGCAGACGCAGCUAACGCAACGCAUCUUGUCCGUUUGUCAAAGUGCUUACCUACUUUGAAGUCGAGCUGCGAGAGAUUGCAAUGCGUCGUCUUUCAGCCCGUAGAAACUGUUUGCAACUCUGUAGAAGUCCUCUCCCCAGAUACAUACAACUGCACAUCAUAUCCCUUGUGCAAUGCUUGGGGGAAUGGGCUCAGCAUCAUAAACAUCCAGUUCAAGAUCCCGAACCCAAGAGAACGGGAAGAUGGUGCGGGUUCAUCCAACCUCAACGUCGGGUUGUCGCGUGCGCGCAACCCGGCCGCGCGCGUUCCCGAGGGAAACACCACACAAGGGAGGGAGGGGGGAUUGGAUCCCGUCAUGACGGUAUCGAUCCCGCCGAAAAGCCAAGACUUUAAUGCUCCAAAGAAACAAAAUCCCACGAGCUACCCUAAUUUAGCACCUUGAUUCAAAU